UCUGUCCAUAGCACUACUCAGCAUAUGACUGAACGUCCCAAAGUGACCUGGAGCCAGUCAGACUUAACACCGCUGGAUUUUCAGGCGCCUGAGUCUUUGGAGUUCUGGACGGAUGAGAUUUACACGCCGGCCUCCGACACACUCCUGCGGCGUUCGCAUUCGUUCACACGUUGCAGCAGGAACCAGGCGUACCGCAUCGCUGCCCUCAGCAUCACUGCCACCCUCAUCCUCAUCCUCAUCAUCGUCAUUCCAGUCAGCACCGCUUAACACACAUGCAGCCACAUUGAAUGGACCUAUAUGUGUUUAUUUGAUAAUAUUAUCAAGAUUUUAAAGAAUGCAUGAAUUCUUCAGGAACCCGAUUUGACAAACUUGAAGCAUGGCAGACUUUAAAACCUAUGCAAAAAAGACUACAUUUCCUGAAACCUUCAGUGGGC